CUAUAAUGUUCGUCUGACACACAAUACAGAAACAAAACGCUUCUAUGAGAGAUAUCACACUCGGUAUCAACCUAACAAACUACAAUUUGUGACAGAUCUUUCUCUUUUUGCUAUUACUCUUCCACCUGGAUUUGUAAUAACUUUUGGGUUUGAAUCAAUUUCUUCCGGAACCGUAACAUUUUCUUCGCGAGAGAGAGAGACAAGCACUCACUCUAAAUUGAAAUGGAUCGGCGAAGAAACUUUCAGGAUCUUCAGAUUCGUCAGAGAGUAGCGAAAAGUGUCUGAUCUGUUCGCUGAUUUCUCAUGGCGAGACGAAUCUACGAUGCCUGGAAAGGAACUAAUAAAUUUUUAUUUGGUGGGAGAUUAAUAUUUGGGCCAGAUGCUUGGUCUCUUCCUUUUACCUUGCUGCUCAUCAUAACUCCAGUUAGUUUGUUCUCUGUAUUUGUUGCAACACAUCUUCGCCGCGAGUUCUUACCAAACACUGCUGGAGAUGCGAUCUUAGUGGUAGCGAUUUUGUUUACUUUUUUUGUGUUGACCCUCCUCUUCCUCACUUCUGCGCGAGAUCCUGGAAUCGUUCCAAGAAACUCGCAUCCGCCAGAGGAAGAACUAUGCUAUGAGACAAAUGUGUCAAGUGAUGGAAGACAAACACCCACUGUUCAAAUCCCUAGGACUAAAGAAAUCAUGGUUUAUGGCAUUUCCAUUAGAGUCAAAUACUGUGAUACAUGCAUGCUUUAUCGCCCUCCUCGUUGCUCCCAUUGUUCCAUUUGCAAUAACUGUGUUGAGCGUUUUGAUCAUCAUUGCCCUUGGGUAGGUCAAUGCAUUGGAGUGAGAAACUAUAGGUACUUCUUUAUGUUUGUUUCCUCUGCAACUCUUCUCUGUAUCUACGUGUUUUCGAUGUCGGCCUUAUACAUCAAGGUUCUGAUGGAUAACAAUCAAGGUACUGUGUGGAGGGCAAUGCGAGAAUCGCCUUGGUCAGUAAUGCUAAUGAUAUAUUGCUUUAUCUCCCUGUGGUUCGUUGGAGGGCUUACCGGGUUCCAUUUGUACCUCAUUAGCACAAACCAGACAACAUAUGAGAAUUUCCGGUACAGAUCAGACAAUAGAAUCAACGUUUAUAACCGCGGGUGUUCAAACAAUUUUCUUGAGAUAUUUUGCUCAAAAGUUAAGCCCUCAAGGAAUGACUUCAGAGCUUUUACUAAAGAACAGCCUCAGAGGAAUAUUACAUUGGCUACCACAUGGGAAAGACCGGACGAAAGAGAGGAAGUAAUUAUGGGGGAACAGCAUCAGAAGGUGGAAGACGAUCUAGAUAUCGAUGAAGAUGUUAUGAAACUACAACAGCGUUCUAAUGCGGGGGAAGGUAGCGAUCCGGCGGACCACAUGGUCGAUAUCGACCAGACGAGAGCCGGGUCUAAUGAGAGAGCACCGACAAUUCGAUCAGAAGCAAGGCAGGGAAACUGGGGAACGACGAUAACCAAUGAACAAGAGGAUAUGAUUGCUGGUUUUUCAGUUAAGGAGAGUAGAAACUAUGCAGCUGCAGAGGAAGGGAGGGCACUCCAUUCUCUUAAAAUAGACAAACAAAGCAGAAUAUUGAGUGUCGAGAGAAAUAAAUUAUUUUCCGGCGACGAAAUGGCUUCUUCCACUGGUUGUUUCUUCGUCGUCAGUAUGGCAAUCUUUUCACAAUUUCUCUUAGCGCCAGCAUCAGCCUUGAUCAACAGAGAAUUCAUCGAUGCUAACUGCGAACGAGUUAAGAACAAGCCUUUUUGCGUCGACACAUUAACGACUUAUCCACCCACAGUUUCUGCCACGGGCCUGUUACCAUUGGCAGAAGGCGUGAUCAGCCUUGCGAUUACCCAUGCUGAGAAGACGGCGGGUUUCGCAGCCGAGACAGCCAAAACUGAUGCAGCAUUGAAAACGCAGUUCGACGUGUGCCACGAUGCCUAUGCCACUAUCGUGGCGUCUCUAAAGAGUGCGUUAUUGGGACUCAAGGAUUCACCAGACACUUCCAACUACGACGUUAUGGUUUCUGGUGAUGAGAUAAGGCGCGUGACGGAUACAGUCGGGAAAAACAUCGACAAGUCUUCCAAAACGCUCAUGGAGAUGACAUUGCAGAUGGAGAAGCUUCUUGAUCUUGCUGCUGGUGCCACCGAUGCGGUUGAUGACGAUGAUGAGAAUUUACAUCGUCGUACUUGA